AUGAAGCAUCGAGCACACAUGGAUGGAGAUGUGAUGAUCACUGGGUUUUUCCCUCUCUACACUUUGGGAAUAGAUCACAGUCACAGUCAUGCUUCCAGGCAAGAAGAGAACAAGAUGAUAGCUUUGCUAGGUACAAUACUCUUGGUGGAUAACUUAGAUGUCUUUAUCUUCAGUACUCUAAAGGUCUCUUGCCAUGUUCUCUUGACUUACACAGAUUCUAUUGAGGAAUCAGCUGUUAUGGAAAUGGGAAAUACUCCUCCUCAAUUUCUUUGCUCAUUAUGCAGGUUAAACUUCAAGAACUAUCAGUGUGUUUUGGCCUUGACUUUUGCUAUUGAGGAGAUCAACAAAAACCCGGAUCUUCUAUAUAACCUGACCCUGGGAUAUGAUAUCUAUGAUGUUCACUUCAGAGGUUGGAAAAUGUUUAAGAAUCUCUUCACUUGUCUCUUUGGGAAGUACAAGAUUCCAAACUACUCCUGCAUGAGAGAGAACAGGUCUAUAGCAGUGCUUACAGGACCAUCAGGAAAAAUAUCUGACCAGAUUGGGACAUUAUUGGGACUCUACAGAUUUCCACAGUUUACCUUUGGGCCUUUUGAUCAUGCCCUGAGUGACCAUAACAAGUUUCCUGCUCUCUAUCAGAUGGCCCCAAAGGACACAUCAAUAGCCACUGCCAUGGUCUCCUUACUGCUUCACUUCAGCUGGAACUGGGUAGGACUGUUAACUACACAAGAUGAGCAUGGUGCAUGGGUUCUUGCUGAAUUGAAAGAAGAGAUGGCUAAGAAUAGAGUUUGUGUAGCCUAUGAGCUAAUGAUCUCAACCCAAGAUGCAUCACAUAUAUUCAAACUCAUGGCAGUUCAUAAUGAAAUAAAUCUACCUUCAGCAAGUGUCCUCAUCAUAUAUGGUGAUAAUGAUUCACUGAUAUUUUUAAUGGCAUUUAUUGAGCAAAUUUUUAUAUAUGGCAAAGUUUGUGUCAUGAACUCACAGUGGGAUUUCACCCUGAAAAGGAAAUAUUUCAUGCUAGGCUCAUUGCAUGUACCUCUUAUUUUUACACACCACCAUGUAGGUGUUUUUGGAUUCACAGAUUUUGUCAAGACAGUUAAGCCUUCCAAAUACCCAGAAGACAUUUUUCUUGCCAGGCUGUGGUUUCUGUCAUUUAAUUGCUCUGAUUCUGUGUCUGACUGUGUGACAUGGGACAAUUGUCCUCAUAAUGCCUCUUUGGAUUGGUUGCCUGGGCAUAUUUUUGAGAUGACUAUGUCUGGAGACAGUUACAAUAUAUACAACACUGUGUAUACUGUGGCCCAGGCUCUCCAUGAGAUGCUUCUUCAUCAAAAAGAAGUUCAAUCAGUGGGAAAUAGAAAAGGAUCACUGCCUUCCUCUGCUCAGCUGUACACUUUUCUGAAGAACAUCCAGUUUUACAGUACUAUUGGAGAUAAUGUGAUUUGGGACAGGAAAAGGAAAUUGGAGCCAGAUUAUGACAUUCUGAAUAUUUGGAAUUUUCCAGAGGGUCUUCAACUUGAGGUGAAAGUAGGAAGGUUUUCUCCAUAUGCUCCACAUGGCAAUCAACUGUCCUUUUCUGAAGAUAUGGUAGAGUGGGCCAUUGGAACUACAGAGACUCCUCACUCUGUCUGCAGUGAGAGUUGUGGUCCUGGAUUCAGGAAAUCCUCUCAGGAGGGAAAGGCUGCAUGUUGCUUUGAUUGUACACCUUGCAUAGAAAAUGAGAUUGCUAAUGGGACAGAUAUGGAGCAAUGUGUGAAGUGUCCAGAUCAUCAGUAUGCCAACAUACAGAGGACUCAGUGCUUGUUGAGAGCUGCAAGUUUCCUGGCUUUUGGAGAUCCCUUGGGCAUGUGUCUGGCCUGCAUGGCUCUUUGCUUCUCCAUGCUAACUGCUGUUGUUCUUGGGAUGUUUGUGAAACACCAAGACACUGCCAUUGUCAAGGCCAAUAAUAGGGCUCUCAGCUACAUCUUGCUCAUCUCCCUUAUCUUCUGUUUCCUCUGUUCCUUGCUGUUUCUUGGUCAUCCCAACGCAGUCACAUGCAUCCUGCAGCAGAUCACAUUUGGGGUUGUGUUCACUGUGGCUGUUUCCACAGUGUUGGCCAAAACAGUGACUGUGGUUCUGGCAUUCAAAGCCACUUCCCCAGGGAGAAGGAUGAGGUGGCUGCUGGUAUCAGGGGCUUCUAACUUCAUCAUCCCCAUCUGCACCCUCAUCCAGGUGACUCUCUGUGGACUCUGGCUGGGAACCUCUCCUCCAUUUGUGGAUACAGAUGCGCACUCUGAACAUGGCCACAUCAUCAUCCUGUGCAACAAGGGUUCCCUCGCUGCUUUCUACUGUGUCCUAGGAUAUCUGGGCUUUCUGGCUCUGGCCAGCUUCACUAUGGCUUUUCUGGCCAGGAAUCUGCCUGACACCUUUAAUGAAGCCAAGUUCCUGACCUUCAGUAUGCUGGUGUUCUGCAGUGUGUGGCUCACCUUCCUGCCUGUCUACCACAGUGCCAAGGGGAAGGUCAUGGUGGCUGUGGAAGUCUUCUCCAUUUUGGCCUCUAGUGCAGGACUUUUAGGCUGUAUUUUUGCCACAAAGUGUUAUAUCAUGUUGUUAAUGCCAAAUAGAAAUUCUCUGCAUGGCUUCAGGGAAAAAAGUCAUAGUAAGACAAACAUUCUUAAGAUUAAACAUAUAGGGUUGAUCAAUAUACAGAAGUUCUGA